UCAUGAUAGGCAUCCAGUGGACGACAGACACAUUUUGAUGUGACACAGAGGUUGUACAGAGAGAGGUGAAGGCGCAAUGGCCGUGUCCUUUUACGCAUGACCGCUUCCACCAGUCUCGGCCUGCAGUGACAAUCUGUGAGUGAGCAUAACAUGUCUGUGUCCGGCUCAAGCGAACCCUUCAAGGCUCUGUCCUUUAAAACGUGUCACUGUCAUGAAACGGCAGUAUCUUCAUGCACAUAACAUGACGACAUAAAAAAAAAUGACUGUCACGGCUUGUACCAUGUAUACAAUUUACGACAGCUGCUCGUUCCUGCUCCCACUGCAGGGAUCUGAAGCAACGCGUCCACCUCUUCUGUUGCAGCGAUGCGCAGCCGUGCCGCAUGAGUCACAACGGCAGAGAUGGCACGGAUGUAAACAGGGGGCGGGCUCAGGUUGGCCUAACCUGUACCUCCUCAGCCAAUGGGGUCUCCGCGUUCCGCUGCCUCCGCUGAAAUCUUGCUCUGUCAUUGGUCCUCCGCCCUGUCAGUAAUACAGUGCAGGAGCGAGACGCAGCCUCGCAAUCACACCGUGGAGCGCAGGAGAGGGCGAAAAAUGAUUAAUCUGUCAAAGCGGAAUUUGUUUUCGGGAUGAUACAGCUCUGACAUCCAGCCGACCUGAACCGAGCCCACAGGCAAACACGAUUAAUGCACAGGAAUUUAAGAUCCAGCAGGUGGUGCUUGUGUAAUCGUGCAGGGUCUGGUCACUCGAUUUUGCUGCCUGAUCUGCGCGUCGGUUCAGCACCGGACAGCGACUGGGACUGUCGGACACUGAAAACACCGAGAGAAUCCUGAGGCGGGUCGCUCCGACCCUCGCUUGGCUCGGGGCAACGCGCGGCUAGAUGACUUCACUACAUCAACAAGCACCGCGGUAUCCUGGACUAAUAUAGCAGCGCCACACAUCCUCCCUCCACCCCCCCUCUUCCUCCUCCUCCUCCUCCUCCUUCCUCCUCCUGUCUUUCUCUCCAUUCGCUGAUCCCGAGUCCCUCCGUCAAAAGGCACCAUGGGAAACCGUGGCAUGGAGGACCUGAUCCCGCUGGUCAACAAGCUGCAGGAUGCCUUCAGCUCAAUUGGGCAGGCCUGCAACUUGGACCUGCCUCAGAUCGCGGUGGUCGGGGGGCAGAGCGCAGGGAAGAGCUCCGUGUUGGAGAACUUUGUGGGCAGGGACUUUCUGCCCCGUGGAUCUGGCAUUGUCACCCGUAGGCCCCUGGUUCUGCAGCUUAUCAGCGCCACUGCAGAAUGGGCUGAAUUCCUGCAUUGCAAAGGGAAGAAGUUCACAGACUUCGAUGAGGUUCGCCAAGAGAUCGAGGCAGAGACGGAUCGGGCCACAGGGGCCAACAAGGGCAUAUCUCCUAUCCCCAUCAACCUGCGGGUUUACUCCCCUCAUGUGCUUAACUUGACUCUCAUCGAUCUGCCGGGGAUCACGAAGGUGCCGGUUGGAGACCAGCCCGCAGACAUCGAGCAGCAGAUCAGAGAUAUGAUCAUGCAGUUCAUUACCAGAGAGAGCUGCUUGAUCCUGGCUGUCACUCCGGCGAACAGUGACCUGGCCAACUCGGAUGCCUUGAAAUUGUCCAAAGACGUGGAUCCACAGGGUCUGAGAACUAUCGGAGUGAUCACCAAACUGGAUUUGAUGGAUGAGGGCACAGAUGCUCGAGAGAUAUUGGAGAACAAGCUGCUACCGCUGCGAAGAGGCUAUAUUGGAGUGGUGAAUCGCAGUCAGAAGGACAUUGAUGGGAAGAAAGAUAUCAAGGCUGCUCUGGAGGCUGAGAGGAAGUUCUUCUUCACCCACCCGGCAUACAGGCACAUGGCUGACAAAAUGGGCACCCCGCGCCUGCAGAAAGUGCUCAACGAGCAACUAACCAACCACAUCCGGGACACCCUGCCAGCUUUCCGCAGUAAGCUGCAGUCCCAGCUGUUGGCUCUGGACAAGGAGGCUGAGGAAUACCGGGGAUACCGACCUGAUGACCCGUCACGCAAAACCAAGCAGCUGCUGCAGAUGGUGCAGCAGUUCUCUGUGGACUUUGAGAAAAGGAUUGAGGGUUCAGGGGAUCAGGUGGACACAGUGGAGCUGUCUGGUGGAGCAAAAAUCAACCGCAUCUUCCAUGAGCGUUUCCCCUUUGAGCUGGUUAAGAUGGAGUGUGAUGAGAAGGAGAUGCGCCGCGAGAUCAGUUAUGCCAUCAAGAACAUCCACGGUAUCAGGACUGGACUCUUUACCCCUGACAUGGCGUUUGAGGCCAUUGUGAAGAAGCAGGUCAUAAAGCUGAAGGGGCCCUGUGUUAAGUGUGUGGACAUGGUCAUCCAGGAGCUGAUUAAUGUUGUACGCCAGUGCUCAGACAAGCUGGAGUGCUACCCCAUGCUGCGCGAGGAAACUGAGAGGAUUGUGACCUCUCAUAUCAGAGACAGAGAGAGUCGAGCCAAAGACCAGGUUCUGCUGUUGAUUGACAUCCAGCUGUCUUACAUCAACACCAACCAUGAAGACUUCAUCGGCUUUGCUAAUGCUCAACAGAGAAGCAGUCAGACCAAUAAGAGCCAGAGUUCAGCAGGGAAUCAGGUCAUUCGUAAAGGCUGGCUGACUAUCAACAACAUCAGCAUCAUGAAGGGAGGAGCCAAAGAGUACUGGUUUGUGCUAACUGCUGAAAGCCUGUCCUGGUUUAAGGAUGAUGAGGAGAAGGAGAAGAAGUACAUGCUCCCCCUGGACAACCUGAAGGUCCGCGAUGUGGAGAAGAGUUUCAUGUCCAGCAAGCACAUAUUCUGUAUUUUCAACACAGAGUCCAGGAAUGUGUACAAAGAUAAUCGCACCCUGGAGUUGGCCUGUGACACUCAGGACGACGUGGACAGCUGGAAAUCGUCUCUCCUGCGUGCGGGGGUCUAUCCUGAGAAGAUCAUGGCGGUUGAGAGUGAGACCACGACCACCUCAGAUAACUUCUCUAUGGACCCUCAGCUGGAGCGUAAAGUGGAAACUAUCCGUAAUUUGGUGGACUCCUACAUGGCUAUAGUCAACAAGUGCAUCCGGGACCUCAUGCCUAAGACCAUCAUGCACCUCAUGAUCAUCAAUGUGAAGGACUUCAUCAACGCAGAGCUGCUAGCUCAGCUGUACUCUUCAGGCGACCAGAACACUCUGAUGGAUGAGUCCCAGGAACAGGCCCAGAGGAGGGACGAGGUGCUGAGGACUCACCAGGCCUUGAAGGAGGCCUUGAUGAUCAUCGGGGACAUCUCCACCUCCACCUACACCACCCCCAUGCCUCCACCUGUUGACACCUCCUGGGUGCGAGGACCCGAUGGGAACCGCAGGUCUCCUCCACCUAGCCCCACUGCCCCAAGGAGGAUGUCUUCAGGACAGCGCCCUGCUCCCAGAGGGGCCCCACCACCUCCAAACCGACCAGGACCCCUGGGGCCCUUCAAUAAUAGUGCUGACAGCCCUCAGGCCCCCAGCCGCCCUAACAGGGCUCCUCCCAGCAUCCCCAGCCGACGACCUCCUCCAUCUCCCACAAGACAAGCUCCGCCAUAAACAUCCAAAGGGAGUUCCUCUAUACUCUGAUCUCACUCUCUCUCCCUCACCCGCUCCUCCCCUCCUCUCUUUAGCCAUGGCUCUGCUGUCCUGGUCUCUCCUUUAGUGCAGACGCUGAAGUCUUUGACCUUUGACCCUUGAUUUCCUGCCAGGUGACGAUGUCCAUAUAUCUAUGUACAGUAUGGUACUUGUCUUGUGGUGUAUGUGUACGUGCGCUUGUUGCUCGCCUGUGGUCCAGGUUUGCUUAGCAGAUCCACUUCCCCAGUAUCCGUCCUUGGAACCUCUUAAAAACCUGCAACCCACACACACACACACACGCACACACACACACAGACACACACAUAUAAAAAGAGAGAGACAGACACACAUGCAGUCACACACACACACACACACACAUACAAACCCCUCACAAAGUCAUCCACCAUCCCCUCUUGCUGCUUCUACAUGAAAAAACACUGCAGUUGUACUGCCCUACUCAUUCCAAAACGCAGCAUGGCACAUAAGCUGCUUUUAUUGCAUGGGAGUGUGUGUAUGUAGAGUGUGUGUGCGUGUGUUUAGUGCGUGUGUAAGCGGGGGCGGGACUAAUUUGCCUAUAUGUAGGCUGAGUUUAUUUAGUAUUGUAUUUAUUUAUUGUAUAUUGGCCCCCCUUAAGUGUUAAUUAUCAGCUUAAUGUUCUCUUAGGAACAGAAGUUGUAUCUUAGUAUGUGUGUUUACGUGCGUGGGAGUAAUUCAGUGUAUGUGUGCCAGUGUGUAAGAGCGUGUGAGGAAAUGUGUGCAUGUGCUGUCCGUCUGCACGUUUGUUGGCGUUUCAGUUGUGUUUGUUUUCAUGGUCAAAGCUGUUAAAGACGAACCCUAAAGCCCUCUGGGGUACAUUUAAUGUUGGACUUUUGUGCGUUGUUAUUGUGUCGUUGUAGCAGCCGUACACACACAUAGCAAGGCUGAGGAGCACCUUCAGUAUUAUCUCUAUGGAAACAGCAUCAAUAAUACAUUUAACCUUGUCAUAGGUGUUCACCUGUGCUGUAUCAUUGGUCAAGUUGUGACCGUUGCAGCCUUAAGCUCCGAUUCAGACGCUGACUGCUGAAAUUGAACACACCAUGUGAAAAAAAAUCCAUUACAAUAAUGCAUUUACAUGUUUCCAUUUAGCCUUCCUCACAUGUUGGACAUUCCUUAUACAUCCAACCUGGCUCUCUUACUCUUCUCACCACCACGCUGUCCUCUUUUAGUCCCUCUUCUCUCACAGGUAAAACUAGUUAAACAGUCAGCAUCUGCACCGAGCUUUAGGUGCUGUUGUCAACGUUAAAGUGCUUCUCUGUCUGUUCGUUAUUGUGUAUGUGGGCCUAUAAUGUGUUCUGAUGUAUAUAGGUAACGAUAAGGAGAUACUGUACCUGUGGACUAUAACGACCUCAUCAAGGAUCCUAGCGCUUUAAUCGUUCUGUGUCUCUAAAUGCUCUCUUCUAUCUGAUUUAGACUGCCUUACCGGCAUGAAUUACAACUCUGUAUUGCCAAAGCUAAAUGUAGAAAGAGAAUCAGAAAGCUUAAACGAAGAGAAAAAUCGACAGAAGACCAACGACUAAAGUGUUCCAGUUGUAGUGAGAUGGUAUUGUUUAGCAGAGGGCAUAAUGUUAAACUGGGGAUUUGCAUCAGUUGUUAUUUUCUGUGUCUCUGUAUCGCUCCUCAAUAAAAUUCUUCCCCAUAAUGUCUCA